AUGGCCGCAAACACAGCGUCACGCGCUGGCGUCACGCUCCACAACGGCGCAGUUAUGCCCUGGAUCGCGCUGGGCACGUGGGAAGCGCCGCCGGGCCAGGUGGGACGGGCCGUCGAGGCGGCGCUGGCCUCGGGGUACCGGCACCUCGACUGCGCCCACAUCUACGGCAACGAGCGCGAGGUUGGCGCCGCGCUGCGCGCGUCGCAGAUUCCACGAGAGGAGCUCUUCAUCACGACGAAGAUCUGGAACAGUUUUCGCACGGACCAGCAGGUGCGGCGCUGCUGCGCGAAGUCACUCUCCGACCUCGGCGUCGACUACUUGGAUUUGCUCCUCGUCCACUUCCCCGUGGGCGGCCGCCGCGCGCUCAAGGAGUGCUGGCAGACGAUGGAGAGCCUCGUGGACGAGGGCAAGUGCAAGGCCAUCGGGAUCUCGAAUUACUACGAGGACGACGUCGCGGACCUGCUUUCCUACGCGCGCGUCAAGCCGGCGUGCAACCAGAUCGAGCUGCAUCCGCGGCUGCCGCAGGACGCGCUCGUCGAGUACUGCAAGCGGCAGGGCAUGGUCGUCACGGCCUACAGUCCCUUCGGCCGCGGCGCCCGGGGCGGCAUGCUCGACCACGCCGUCGUCACGGCCAUCGCGAAAAAGCACGGCGUCGCGGCGUCGUCCGUGCUGCUCGGCUGGUCCCUGGCGCGCGGCGUGCCCGCGCUGCCCAAGAGCGUGACGCCGGCGCGAAUCGCCCAGAACAAUUCGGACGAGGUCCGCGGCCUCGCGCUCGACGCGGACGACGUCAGGGCGCUCGCGGGCCUCGAGGACGGCGCGCGCUUCGUCGCCUUCUUCAACCACCAGAGUCGUUAA